AUCAGGUUAGAAAACAUAGUCGAGUUUGAUGGUGUGACAAAUUUAGCAAACCUAUUCCUCACUUAUCCAUUUCGAACAUGAUCAAACCAUCCGCACGUUCAACGCAAAUCGCUCUCCUUUAAGUAGCUCAUGAUCAGUGCUCCUUUUCAAACACUUGCGUAACGUUCGCCACAUCAUUUGCUGCUUGCUGAUAAUUACUAGCUCUUCAUCAAGGUCGCACAUUCAUCUCUCUCUCUCUCUCUCUCUAUGUGUAGCUAGGCGCGUUGUAUGUACGAGGUUGUAGCUAGAACAUUGUAAAUAUCAUUGACAAUGGGAAGAACGAGAAUUUGCCCUUGGUUUCGCUCGUACUUUUAUUAUGUUGUUCCACGAGCUUAGUUUCUGCAGCACAACAAGAGAAGGAUGAUGCAAAGUACAAGGAUCCAAAUGAACCUGUCGAAGCUCGAGUCCAAGACCUACUCAAGAGGAUGAACCUAGCAGAGAAGAUCGGUCAGAUGACACAGAUCGAGAGGGUUAAUGCCUCGCGGGAAGUCAUGAAGAAGUACUUCGUUGGUAGUGUAUUGAGUGGAGGAGGAAGCGUACCUUCCAAGCAAGCUUUACCUCAGAAAUGGGUUCGAGCGAUGAACAAGAUAAUGAAAGGGUCCCUUUCUACCCGUCUUGGGAUUCCUAUGAUUUACGGUGUCGAUGCUGUGCACGGCCAUAACAAUGUAUACAAGGCCACCAUCUUCCCACACAAUGUCGGCCUCGGAGCCACCAGGGAUCCCAACCUCGUGAAGAGGAUCGGCGCCGCAACCGCACUGGAGGUUCGGGCAACUGGCAUUCCAUACGCUUUUGCUCCGUGCACCGCGGUAUGUAGGGAUCCAAGGUGGGGAAGGUGCUACGAGAGCUAUAGUGAAGACUACAAGAUUGUUCAAAUGAUGACUGAACUCAUCCCCGGCUUGCAGGGCGAUGUCCCUUCCAAAUUGAAGGGCACUCCCUUUGUUGCUGGAAAGACCAAGGUUGCAGCCUGUGCCAAGCACUACGUUGGGGAUGGAGGGACGGUGAGGGGUAUCAAUGAGAACCACACGAUCGUGAGCUCAGAGGAUCUUUACUCCAUCCACAUGCCUGCCUACCUUGACUCGGUGGCAAAGGGCGUCUCCACCGUCAUGGCUUCUUAUUCGAGCCUCAACGGGGUGAAAAUGCACGCAAACUACCCUAUGCUGACUGGCUAUCUCAAGAACAAACUCGGAUUCAGGGGAUUUAUCAUCUCAGAUUGGCAGGGGAUUGACAGGAUUACUUAUCCUCCUCACUCAAACUAUACCUACUCGGUUCAGGCUUCGAUUCUAGCCAGUGUUGACAUGGUUAUGGUGCCUUAUAACUACACAGAAUUCAUCGGCAUAUUGACAGAUCUCGUUAACAAGAAGGUCAUCCCAAUGAGCCGCAUCGAUGAUGCUGUCACAAGGAUCCUGCGGGUCAAGUUCAGCAUGGGCCUCUUUGAGAACCCUUUGGCUGACAACAGCUUAGCUGACAAACUCGGAUGCCAGGAGCACAGAGAAUUGGCCAGGGAGGCUGUGAGAAAAUCGCUGGUUCUGCUGAAGAACGGCAAGUCAGCCGGCGAGCUUCUGCUGCCCCUCCCCAAGAAGGCGGCCAAGAUUUUGGUGGCUGGGACGCAUGCCGACAACUUGGGCUACCAAUGUGGCGGUUGGACCAUCGCGUGGCAGGGCCUCAGCGGCAAUAACCUCACUGCCGGAACAACCAUCCUCAAGGCCAUCAAAGAAACAGUUGAUCCGACCACAAAGGUUGUCUUCAAGGAGCACCCUGACUCAGGCUUCAUCAAGUCCAACCACUUCUCCUGCGCCAUCGUGGUUGUGGGUGAGCCUCCCUAUGCCGAGACCAUGGGUGAUAACACGAACCUCACUCUGCCUGAUCCUGGACCUGCAGUGAUCAAGAAUGUCUGCCGAUCCAUCAAGUGUGUUGUAAUAAUAGUCUCAGGCCGGCCUCUGGUGAUUGAGAAGUAUGUCCCCAAGAUGGACGCCCUUAUCGCUGCCUGGCUCCCUGGGAGCGAGGGUCAGGGUGUGGCUGAUGUUCUCUUCGGUGAUUAUGGAUUCUCCGGCAAGUUAGCCAGAACCUGGCUCAAGAGGGUCGACCAGUUACCGAUGAAUGUAGGGGACAGCCACUACGACCCACUUUUCCCGUUUGGGUUUGGGCUUGAAACCAAGCCAUCACACGACAAGAGAAUUGAAAGCUAGGAGAGUGCGAAAUUUUUGUAUGAUGUGAACAUGGAAUUUGUUAUCCAAUUGUGGUAUGACUUCCUUUUU